CGUAAAUUUUCUCACUUUGCUUUAAGAAAUUGGUUUAAAGAAAAGUGGUACAACAUGAAAAGCUUUUACUUCAUUCAGUUGGUCAUUCUUGAAGUUUUGUUGGCCUGCAUCAUCUCGGAUAUCAACUGUACUCUACUCGCAGCCGCUGGCUAUUUAGCGUCAGCUUACCCAAUCAGAAAUUUUCUGAUUAAUACAGGUGUCAGUGGUAAAAUAAGAUUAAAUGCGGAUUCAUUGUAUCAUGCAAGUGGUUUACGAUCUGCUGGUGAUCAAGGUACAGACAUCAGAAAAGCUUAUAUGAAAAACCACGAUAUCGUUGAAGUCGGCUCGGAUAAAUCCUUCCGCAAAAGAAGUAACUAUACUUACUCCCAAGCUGAAGGCCGAAUCUACUCUGAGAGGCUAUUUGGUGUUCUGAACCAGAUGGAUAAAAACACGUGCAUUGCCCGGCUAUUGUGUGAGAUUGGAUCCAAUCCGAAGUCUUUUGGAGUGAUUGGUUUGAAAAUUAACCACUAUAUUCAGUCUGUGCCACCGGUUACAUGGAACAGUGCCACAUUCCCUUAUAUAGAAUCCUUCAGAGCCGGGUUACAAAAUGGUAGACAGCUUUGCCUCCAGCAUUAUUCUUCUUGCACGUAUGAUUUGAAACGAGUUAUGAAAUAUUUGUGGUACUUUAUUAAUCCUCUAUAUUUCUAACACAAGCUCUUUAACGAUACCAUAUUUUACUGGAAGAUAAUUGACAACUGAAGUGUAUAGCUGUAAGCAUAAUUACUCAGGCUGCUUUCAAUUUUUAUGUUGCAUAGAUACUGUGCUUAAAGCACAAGUCCAAUAAUUUAAAUCUUUGCAUUUAGAUUGAAAUAAAAAGCUAAUUUUUUCGCUUG